ACUGGGGCUUUGUCCGGCCCCCCGCCACGACCCACGGGGGAGGGGGGCCCCCACAUGACCGAGGGGUAGGAGGAGCCUGCGGCGGUGGCGGCGGCGGCGGCAGCGGCGGCGGCUCCAUCACUUCCCUCCGGGGCCGGGGGUCGGCGGGCGGUGGCGGCGGCGGCUGGACAGGGCUGGGCAGGGCCGCGGACGCCGGGCCCCUGGUUCCCAAUCAGGCUGCAGGCUCUGGGCCUGGGCUCCCCGGGCAGCUGUGAACCUAGCGCUUUCCAGGCGCCGAGCUGGGGGUGCGCCCGGGCACCCGGCCUCGGGAUCAUGGGGAAUGGCAUGACCAAGGUACUUCCUGGACUCUACCUUGGAAACUUCAUUGAUGCCAAAGACCCGGAUCAGUUGGGCCGGAAUAAGAUCACACAUAUCAUCUCUAUCCAUGAAUCACCCCAGCCUCUGCUGCAGGAUAUCACGUACCUUCGAAUCUCAGUGGCCGAUACUCCUGAGGUACCCAUCAAAAAGCACUUCAAAGAAUGCAUCAACUUUAUCCACAGUUGCCGCCUCAACGGGGGUAACUGCCUUGUACACUGCUUUGCAGGUAUAUCUCGAAGUACCACCAUCGUGGUUGCCUAUGUGAUGACGGUGACUGGACUAGGCUGGCGGGAAGUACUUGAAGCCAUCAAGGCCACCAGGCCCAUCGCCAACCCAAACCCAGGCUUUAGGCAGCAGCUUGAGGAGUUUGGCUGGGGAAACUCCCAGAAGCUUCGCCGGCAGCUUGAGGAGCGCUUCGGGGAGAGCCAGUUUCGAGACGAGGAGGAAUUGCGCACGCUGCUGCCUCUCUGCAGGCGCUAUCGCCAGGGUGCGGCGACCUCCGCCAAGUCGGCCACAGCAUCCUCCUCGGCUUCCGAGGGGACCUUGCAGCGCCUGGUGCCACGAUCGCCGCGGGAUGCCCACCGGCCGCUGCCGCUGCUAGCGCGCAUCAAGCAGACUUUCUCCUGCCUCCCGCGGUGCCUGUCGCGCAAGGGCGGCAAGUGAGCGC